GAAAAUUGAGGGGUGGAGUAAAGGGAGGGGGAGAUAAAUGGAAGGGUGAAAGUAACAAGAAUUUAAAGCGAGGGGGAAGGGGGAGGAGGAGGAGGUUGGGAGAAGGAGAGUGGGGAAGGAUGGGGAUGGGGAUGGAUGCAUUGCUUGGGGCACGUUGUUGCUGCAUGCCUGCUGGGUUGCAGCUUCAUUAUUCAAAUUAUAAUCACAAAUUAUUAUUAUUAUUGAGAGCAUAAUUUAUCCCCAACCCCACUAUUCCUCCCCGCUUCCUUUUUAACUUCGCCUCUCACUCCCCAACCCCCAACUCCUCCACUCCCACACUAGGAAAGGGGAAAAAGGAAAAAAAAAAAAAAAAAAGGGAAAAAAAAGCUCUAGCAGCGGGCAGUAGUAGUAUAGUGUUCAUUAAUCCCCACCAAUGGCUUCAGAGUGGGAGAUGGGAAUGGGGGGCGUGGAGUACUUCGGAAUGGGGGUGGGGAUGGGGGCGACUUUCUCUAAUGCGGCCAACAUUACUACCCCAAUUACUACAGCAAGCGGCGUGUCGCCCGCGUACCUCUACGGGCUUCCGUCAGCCACUGAUUCUCUCCGAAUUGACGACCUCCUCGACUUCUCUAACCAAGAAGCAUUUCCCGCAGCAGCAGCGGCGGGGGUAGAUAACCUUCUGCUUCCGCCAACGGAGCCGUCAUCGGCCAUUACCGGCGGGAGCUCCUCCUCGGAUUUCCAAUCCAAUCUCCACUGCUCCUUCACCGACGAACUCUACUUCCCCAGCGAGGAAGCGGCGGAGCUGGAGUGGCUGUCGACGUUCGUGGACGACUCCUUCUCGGACGUCGUGCCCUACCCGCCGUCAUCGUCCGCGGCGAACCUCCCGCCUCCGGCGGCGUCGGCGGAGGCGGGCCACCUGGGGGCCGACGUCAGCGGCGCGGCGGGGCGAGGGGCGGCGGAGCAAGCGCGGGAGGCGGCGCGUGGUCGGCUUUCGCGGCGGGCGGCGGCGGCGGCGGCGCAGCCGCAGCAGUCGUCGCCGUCGUCGUCGUCGUCGUCGUCGUCGUCGGAGUUCCCGUCGUCGAAGCCGAGGUCCGGGAACGGGAGGGCGCGGAAGAACGGGGGGGGUGGGGAUCAUCAUCAGGUCGGGGUGGAGGGAGGGGUGCGGCGGUGCACGCACUGCGCGUCGGAGAAGACGCCGCAGUGGCGGACGGGGCCGCUGGGGCCGAAGACGCUGUGCAACGCGUGCGGGGUGCGGUACAAGUCCGGGCGCCUCGUCCCCGAGUACCGCCCCGCCGCGAGCCCCACCUUCGUCCUCACCCAGCACUCCAACUCCCACCGCAAGGUCAUGGAGCUCCGCCGCCAAAAGGAGCUCCUCCUCCUCCGCCACCGCGACACCUCCUCCUCCUCCGCCGCCGCCGCCGCCGCCGCAGCCGCCGCGGCGGCCGAUCUCAUCUUCCACGACUACGGUGUCUGCUGAGACCGUGCAUCGAUCGUCUCUCCUCCUCCUCCUCCUCCUCCUCCUCCUCUUCAGUUUCUGAUCAUUUUUAUUCUCUAAUUAAAUUUGGAAAUUUUUCUCUCGGUAUAAAUUUGAAAUUCGUGAAUUUCUUUUUCAUCCGAUGAUUCGAGCUGCACCUAGUUUUCGUUUUA